CUAGAAUAUCAUCAUUUCCGUAUUAGUACACAAAUAAAUAACACAAAAAUGAAAAAAAUAUUAUUUUUUGGAAUAUUUCUGAUGUUUAAUAAAAAUUGUUUAGGUCAAUGUAAGUAUUAACUAUUUUAUUUUGUAUAGAAUUUUAAUUAAUUAUGUUCAAGGUCUGAAUGAAGAUGCCUAGAAAUUUUAAAAGUUACUACUACACAUAUUUAUGAUCAAAAUUCUGAACAUUUUAUUAAAUAAUUGGUAUUAAAUUAAAAUCUUACUAUACUCAAAACUAUUUAUAAAUUGGUUAAAUAUUAUCCAAUUUAAUUUAGCUAUUUUAACAAACUACCAUAAACAAUACAUUGUUUGUAGUAAAAAUAAUUAAGAAGUAUUUGUAUCAAAUUAUAACAAAAUAUUAUUUUAAAUUUGAUACAAAAAAAUUCAAGUAGUGCACAUUUUAAAAAUGAAAAAUUAAUCAUCAUCUGGGCCUUAAUUAAUGCAAUUUACUUCAUAUAUAAAAUAUGUUUUUUUUUUAAAUAUUUUGUAUUUGAUCCGAUUGUUUAUUUGAUAUUUAAGUCUAUGCAUUUGAUGAUGAAGGGCCUCCAAUAUCAGAAACUGAUGGGCGUAUUAUGAAUUUGACACUUUUAACAAAAAAUGUUCUUGAACAUUACCAAAAUCCUGAUCCAAUAGGUUUACCAGAAGCUAUAACACCACCAUACUCAGAUCCUGAACCUAUUCCUGAUACAGAGAGUGCUUUAUGGAGUAUGUACAACUCAACAAUGAGAGGUCAUUCAAAAUUUAGAUUAAAAAAAUUAUAUGUCAAUUUAGUUGAUUUACAAGUAUGUAUACAUUUUCAUUAAUAUCUUAAAUUAUAUGUAGAGAUUUUUUUUAAUGGUUGAAAUUCUUUUUUUAAAUUAACAACAUUUUCAGUCCUAAUUCAACCCUAUACCUACAAUUAAAAUUAUUGUAGGCAAUUGAGUUAAAUAUUAAUUUAAUUACUUAAUUUAAUUUAAUUUAAUUUAUUAUUUUGUUUAUUAAUUUAGUUAGAAUUUGGAAUAUCAAUAGAUUCAUUAGUGGUAGUUGGAAACUAUUCGUAUUGGAGAAUGUACGAAGGAUAUUAUAAUGUCACACUAUUACAACUUCACAUAGAUGGUCACUUGACCUUACAAGUCAGUGAUACAGGACAUCUAGAGACUAAUAAUCUUAAUAUGAAUAUGAACUAUGAAAAUUUACAUAUGGAUACAAUAAAUAUACCAUUUUAUGAUACAUUUGUUAACAGUUUCACACAUUUUGUUGUUCAAACUAUUAAGCCAAUAAUUAUGAAACUGGUGAACAUAAUGAUUAAGGAUGAACUUGAUGAAAAAAUGAAACACUUUAAACGUUUUCCAAACACAAUACCACCUGUUGAUUUACUUAUAGCUGAGAGUCGUCAACAAAUAAAGUCAAUGGGAUAUGAUCCUUGGCGUGUAGAAGAUUUAGUAAACGCAGUAAAUUUCAACAUAUUUAGUUUGGAUAUCAAUGAAAUAUGGAUAACAGGCUUAUCCAGUAUAUAUAGAUUAGGAGAUAUUCACAUAAGUAUACAAAAUCAAACAAUUAUAUCCGUUAUACAUAUAGGAACUCAAGAAUUAGAUGGUCAUUGUCAAUGGAAAAUUGGAGCAGCAGGUAUACUAAAAACAACAGGUGUUUUAAGUUUUUCAGUUGAUUACAUACAGCUUGAAGCUAAUGUAACUCAACCAAUGGACACAAGAUUAGCACCAUAUUUAAAUGAAUUUGGAUUAUCAGUAGGAAAUAUUCAAUUGCGUAUGGAUGGAGCAGGUACGGUUGAUUAUUUAGCUGAGGCUCUUGUCAAUAUUGUUCCAAAUAUUUUAAGGAACAAAAUUGUAGAUGCUAUCGAACUUCCUAUUAAGAAAAGAAUACAGGACUUUUUAGAUAAAAUUGACGUGCAAGAAAAGAUUGAACAACGAAUUCCUCCAAUUAUAGACAAAAUGAUGGAACAUAAUAUAACAGAUAUAUUUAAAGAAAAUGAAAUAUUGCAUGAAGAUAUUAGUAUUAUAAGUAAAGAAGAUUUUUGAUAAGAUACUUUUGAAUUCAUUUAUAUUCUACAUAGACUAUUAACAAGUGUUUGAAACUAUUCAACUAUAAAAUGUAAUGGAAUUUUAAAUAUAAUUACUAAGUAGGUAUUGUUUAUUUAUUUUAAAACAAAAUACUCAGAAAUAAAUAUGUUCACAUGGUUUUAUUACAAUUAUAAUAGGUAAUAAAAAAUGUACAAUAAAAAACUAUAUUAAUCAGACUUACUCAUAUUUUGUAAUAUUUCAAGUACAUGAUUACCCAAAGGCUCAUCUUCGUUGGCCCAUGAAAUUACAAUUUUCUUUUUAUUAUUAUCCACACCAUCUUCUACAGUUACUAAAAUUGAUGCCAAUGAUAUUGAUCCAUCUGACAUAGUAAGUUUAUUCUUAAAAUUUGGUAAUUUAUUUUCCAGCAUACUGUAUAAUUUAGUUUUAGUUUUUUGGAGUGUAGAUGAUUCUUUAAUUUCAACAGUACAAGUGAACCUAAAA